AUGAAGGUGUUCGCAUUGGGUCUCGACGAGAAUCAAAAGGCCGAACAGCGUGCCGAUGAGAUGAAGAAUGACACCAAGAUUCCGAUUGAUUCGGUGUCUUCUGGAGUUCCACUCCAGACGACGUCACCAGCCAUCGUAUUGGCAAAAGCGCCAAGACGCCAUUUCACUGGAUUCACUUGUGGACUCCUCUCCUGGUUUAUUGGUGCUUGUUGCCUUGUUCUUCUCUGUCUUGCAAUUUCUGAAGUUGCCUAUCAUCGUCAACGUGAUCAAGCAUUCCUCCGUCUGAAGUGGGCGGAGCUUCGUCAGAGAAUGCUCGGUUACGAAUUGCUCUCUCAACAACAGGAAUUGGAUCGGAUGGCAUUGGAAAAACAGUCACCUGUCGAAUCGCUUCCCCUCCGUCGAAGCGACGAUCCAAUCAAACCAAAAAUCGUCGACGUCAUCCAGAAUUCAGAAUCUCCCGUUUCGGAUUCUAAACCAUCUUCAGAUGACAAGCCAGUUCCACUAAUUUUCAAUAAUGACUAUGCAAAUGAGCAAAACGAAAAAUUUGGAUUCCUUCAAAAUUUGAUGGACAAAAUUCGAAAACAUGCACAGAGCAUGGGAUUGAACGGUGAUAUGCAAGUGCACGUCGUCGAGGUGAAGCCGAUUUUCGGAGGAGAAAAUGGAGAGGACAAGGAGCACAAUUUCGAUGAGAACGCAUCGAACUUCCAGGGACCACAAGGACCCUCUCAAGACCCAAGGAUGAUCCCUCAAGGACCAUCCCAAUGGCCAAUGCCACAAUUCGGCUUCCAGCAACAAUCAGCCAAUUGGUGGGGACAACAAGGACCACGCCAACAGGGAGCAAUGGAAAUCCAAACUAAUCAAUGGAACGGCUUUCCUCAGGUUCCAGUGAACCAGCCAUGGUAUCAACCUUAUGAGGCUCCAAAGGAAUCCCAAAAUGUUCAAAAUUCCGAGAAUAUGGGACCAUGGUCCGCCCAGAACGAUGACUGGAUGAUUCAGAAGCAUGAACGUCUUCAGAAUUCUGAAAACCAGAAUCAGAUGCCCUUCCAACCCAAUCCAUCGGCUUCUGAGUUUCAGACUCCAAUGGAUAUGAUCUCUGAUGACGUCGCCCCGAAAUCCACACCUAUCCAGAAGACAUCAGAAGUUCAAACGUCCCAGGAGAAUGUGAUUUCUCCCGAUCAAUCAUUGGAGACAAUUGAUGGAAAGUUCCUUCCAAUUCGCUCGGAUGACACCCCGGUUGACUCCCACCUCUUCCAGAUUGACGACCCAUGA